CGGCGGGUGACGGUGCGGACGGGUCAGAAGCGUAGAGGCGGCGGCAAGAUGGCGGCGCCUGAGGAGCGGGAUCUAACCCAGGAGCAGACCGAGAAGCUGCUGCAGUUUCAGGAUCUGACUGGCAUAGAAUCUAUGGAUCAGUGUCGCCAUACCUUGGAACAGCAUAACUGGAACAUAGAGGCUGCUGUACAGGACAGAUUGAAUGAGCAAGAGGGUGUACCAAGUGUUUUCAACCCACCGCCAUCCCGACCCCUGCAGGUUAAUACAGCUGACCACAGGAUCUACAGCUACGUUGUCUCCAGACCACAACCAAGGGGGCUGCUUGGAUGGGGUUAUUACUUGAUAAUGCUUCCAUUCCGGUUUACCUAUUACACAAUACUUGAUAUAUUUAGGUUUGCUCUUCGUUUUAUACGGCCUGACCCUCGCAGCCGGGUCACUGACCCCGUUGGGGACAUUGUUUCAUUUAUGCACUCUUUUGAAGAGAAAUAUGGGAGGGCACACCCUGUCUUCUACCAGGGAACGUACAGCCAGGCACUCAACGAUGCCAAACGGGAGCUGCGCUUCCUUCUGGUCUACCUUCACGGAGACGAUCACCAGGACUCUGAUGAGUUCUGUCGCAACACACUCUGUGCACCUGAAGUUGUUUCACUAAUAAACACUAGGAUGCUCUUCUGGGCGUGCUCCACAAACAAACCUGAGGGAUACAGGGUCUCCCAGGCUUUACGAGAGAACACCUAUCCAUUCCUGGCCAUGAUUAUGCUGAAGGAUCGGAGGAUGACUGUGGUGGGACGGCUGGAAGGCCUUAUUCAGCCUGAUGACCUCAUUAACCAGCUGACAUUUAUCAUGGAUGCAAACCAGACUUACCUGGUGUCAGAACGCCUGGAAAGGGAAGAACGAAACCAGACCCAGGUGCUGAGACAGCAGCAGGACGAGGCCUACCUGGCCUCUCUCAGGGCUGACCAGGAGAAGGAGCGCAAGCGGCGGGAGGAGCGCGAGCGCAAGCGGCGGAAGGAGGAGGAGGUGCAGCAGCAGAAGCUGGCAGAGGAGAGGCGGCGGCGGAACCUACAAGAGGAGAAGGAAAGGAAGUUGGAAUGCCUGCCCCCGGAGCCUUCCCCUGAUGACCCUGAAAGUGUCAAAAUCAUUUUCAAAUUACCCAAUGAUUCUCGAGUAGAAAGACGAUUCCAUUUUUCACAGUCUCUAACAGUGAUCCACGACUUCUUAUUCUCCUUGAAAGAAAGCCCUGAAAAGUUUCAGAUUGAAGCCAAUUUUCCCCGGAGGGUCCUGCCCUGCAUCCCUUCAGAGGAGUGGCCCAACCCGCCGACGCUGCAGGAGGCCGGACUCAGCCACACAGAAGUUCUCUUUGUUCAGGACCUAACAGACGAAUGACACUUUUUCUUCCUUUCCUCUUCCACCCCAGUCCCUAAAAGAAAUGGAAAAAAACAAAAAAUAAGAGAGAAAUUCAUAUUAUUAUUAUUAUAAUACAAUAUUUUUUUUAAAAGACUGCUGCAUCCUAAGGAAGGAUCAGAAACCAUGCUGCCUGCAGGAGUCACCACCUGUGUGCACGCGCAAGGUUAGCAGUGAAUGUUCCCGCUGGCGAGCUCUCCCUUCCCUUCAGCGUCUGCACCGCGCAUCUCCAGCAAAAGGAGGCCUCACCUCCGACCCAGCCGUCGUCCCCACUGGGGAAGGGAGCAUUCCUACCAGUUCUUCAUUCUUGCUUUUAUGGAAAAUAAAAGUGAAAAAACCUCCUUCAGCCAGCCACUGCAGCAUCUCCUGGGGACUCGCUUCUCCCCCUCCGGAGAAGAGGGAAGAGAAGGCACAGAGCAGAGAUGUUCCUUGAACUUCCCACAACUUACGAAUAACUUUUAAAUUUUUUCAGUUGCUUUGUAAUGACCAAAGGAAUGAGGCUGACAUAGGUGUAUUUUUUUCCUUAACAUUGUUUGAUAAAGAGCCAAUUCAUAAAUCCAUGAGCUCAUGCCCUGGGCCCCGUAGCCCACGAGAGUGUAAUAAAGGUGCCCCUGGCUGGUUUGUGCUUAUUUCUGCCAUUGUCCCUCUCGUGUUCCCAGAGAGGUGGUUCUUUUUGGUCCAAUUCUUGCUGUCCUUCUUGCCUUCUGUGCACCCCACGUGGAGCAGUGGGAGGAAGUCUGGGUUUGGAACCCUACAAAGGCCGUGUAUGGAUAUGCACCCGUGUAUGUGCCGUGAACUCCGUGUGGACGCACCUGUGCACACAAGCCAGGCGUCUCCUUGGAGUCGGCCAGGUGGUCAUUGUGGGAUCUGAACCAAAGGACAGCAGCCCUUCGUUCCUCCUCUGCUGUGUGCACGCUGUCCCGCCUGGCCCUGAGCCACCAGGCUUGGUGCCUUUCCAGAGGACGGGCAGGGCCCGCGGUGGGACCAGCGGCACCACGGCAGAGCGCCCCUCCUGUCUCGUUGGGAGUGUGGUGGUGGUGGUGGUGGUGGUGGUUUGAGGACAGAAAGAACCAGAGCCCUUGAAGGGCGCCGAGCCAGAACGCGGCCUGCGUCAGCCGUUGGAAGGCACAUUUCAGUUUCUGAUGUAGCCACCUGCUGGAGGCAGUUUUGUCCUCUCCCUCUGUUGCUGUGUUGAAGUAACAGGGUUUUUAACCCCUGGAUGCUUUGUCUGUGGUUGAGUUCGUGGGUGCACGGGUCAGGCCACAUAUGAACAGGUGCCCGCGUGAGCUGACGAGUGUUCCAGAGUGCUCUGCAGCUGGCGCAGACCCGGCACUGCGGGCCCUGAAGUUGCUGCAGGUCGCUAGCGGGCUGUGAGGCCCAGGGUUCCUACCAAGAUGAAGCAUAGCUUGUUAGAUUUGCAGCCUCCAGAGGCUUCCUCUUGCUUAGCUAAAACCUACGGACCAUUCUUUAAGGUAGUGGUGUGGCUGCUGCUCCCCAUAGCCCUGAGUGGUUGGGGUGGACCCCAAGGAGCAGGGCGUGGGGCCUCAGGGGUGGCCCCAGGGAAACCUGAGGGCUUCCCGAUGGCCUUGGCACAGGAGUCUACAGCACCGUCUCCAGGAAAAUCUAAUUCUGCUCCUGGCUGCCUGUUCUUCCACUUUCCUGCUGUUCCAAGGCCACACGAGUGGGAAAUCACCAUCUCACUGCUGUCAUGAAAUGUACCUGCAGUGAUGACCAGGAUAAACCUGUUCUCCACCUUACGUGAAGUCUGCUUCCUGCUGACAACCAUGCAAAGAGGAGUGCUUCCACUUCGUCUCCCCGUCUGGAAUUCAUAGUGGUUUCUCUGCAGUGCGCAGGAGGGUACUGAGGACCCUCGCCAGGCUGGCUGUACCAAGUAUCUUGCCCACACCUCUUUGGGAAGUUGUAAAUUUUUUCCUUAAUAACUCAGUCUGCAUUUUAUUUUAUGAUGUGCACUUUAUGCCUCUCGCCUUUUGAUAACUUGUCCAGUGAAAGAGGUUAGAUGCCAGAGUAUUAAGAGAAAGUCUGUUUGUGCUGGUGCAACUCUUGGGAUGGCUUACCCAUUUACUUUAAGUUUCAAGAGGCUCCACCUGAAGCCCACACCCCGUUUCUGGUCCAUGUUGACCCAGCCCUGCUUUACUCAGACUCGGAUCCUGUGUCCUUGACAAAGCUGCUGCCUGGGUGCCAUCUCCUUUCCUCUGUGAAAGAUGCACAUUUUGUCAAUGCCAGUACAAUCUGUGGACCUCUGGGAACUCGAUGGGACUUGAAAUGAGAAAACAUUGAGAAGCCGGUGAUCUGCAAGCAUUUUGUUUCCAAAUCACCUCUGGGUUAUUUCAGCUGUUUCCAAAUGGCAAGUCAUCAACUAAACAAAAAUACUUGUUUCCAGUUUGUUCUGCACUCCCAAGACCGAAGUAGAUUCGGCUGAGAUUCCGCACGAAAUGACAAAGCAAAGACACCUAAUUGGAGUCAGUUGAAUUUCUGCAGCAUCAGUUGGGGCCCUUCUGGCCUUUUUUUCCACUUCUGCAGAAUUUCCUGCAGCAAAUACUUUUCUCCUUGCUUGCUUCCACUAUGAUGUUUGUAUAAGAGAUGACCAGUGGAGAAUAUCUCAUUAAAAAAAAAAAAGCUAAAAGAACCUAGAAUCUUCAACUGAGCAGUCAUUAUGAAAAUUGCUAAUGGUGCCAAGGCCAAGGCAAGUUACAGAAAAUGACUGUGGGAGAGUCAUGACCCCCAGAGUGCAAGACCAGGGGAGUAUUAUCUGGUGCUUGAACAAGGAGCUCCACUUACAACUGUUGUUUUUUUUUUUAAAGGACUCGUGAGGAUGCAGCAACAGGAAAUCCAUCCACAAAAGGUGCAGUGCCCCAGCUUGUACUGCACCUGAAUAGUUACGUGAUAAUUUGCUGAAAAAACCUAGUGUACUUUAAAUUUUUUUCAUAAAGGUUUACAUUGUAUUGUAGGUUAACAUUAAAUGUUUUAUAACAAAA